AUGGCGACCAUGGAGAAGGGACAGGUCGUAGCCUGUGGCACCGGCCUGUCGACGAAGAUCGGCACGGUCGUGUACUUCGACCGCAAGAAGCAACUGGUGCAAGUCAAGUGGAUGCUAGGGUCGGGCGAGGACUCGAACGACUUCUCCGAGCACAGCGUCGGAAAGCAGUCGAAAGGGAAACGCCUCCGCGUCGCCACACCCGUCGACCAUAGCGCGUUCCGCGAGGCACACUACUGGCGUCCGCGCCGCUCGCCGCGCGGGUCCGCACCAGCGGUGGCCGGCGAGGCGGCUGGCGAGGCGGCUGGCGAGGCGCCUUUCGGCCGUCCCGCAAAGGGCGUCGCGUCGGCGGGCUGCACCCACCCGCCGUCCCGAGGCCACGCGCCAGCCGAAGAGUGCGACGAUCCCGAGCGCAGCGCGGCCAAGCGCCCCAAGCUCGUCACGAAGCCGUGCCAGCUGGGCUCGCCCUCUGGAGCGGCCAAGUCAAAGCCGCGUGCGGCGGCAACCAUCUCGCUUGGGCGGCCCACCUCCUGCAACACUUGCGGCCAACCGCAAUGCGCGAAGAGGGCAGUGCGGCUGCUGGGCGAGGGAGUUGCUGGCACCUGGAAGGAGCCCACCUCCUGCAACACUUGCGGCCAACCGGAAUGCGCGAAGAAGGCAGUGCAGCUGCUGGGCGAGGAGAUUGCUGGCACCUGGAAGGAGGUGCGAACCCUGGGAGGCGGCUGGGGCACGCGGGCGCCGAUCUCGGAGGAGGCGGCGGUGCGCUACGCGGCGGCGCUGCAGGGCCCUCGCUCGAGCGAGCGCGUCUCCACGGACCCCAAGAUGGUCGGCCGUGCGGCCGAGCAUCUGGAGGACGCCUACAACGCAGGGAAGCUGCACUCCCUGAAGGACCUCUACGAAGAGGUGCAGCUCCCCGGCUACGCCUCCAACAGCACCGCGGCGCAAAUGCUGGCGCGGCGGGCUGUCACGGCGCUGCAGAAGAAGGGCCGACUCGACAUCAAGAACGACCAGUACGUGCUCGACUACAAGCUCCUGCCGCUCGGCGCGGAGGAGCACUGGCAGUCCGCGGUGGAGCAAGGGGCGGCGCCCAUCGCCGAAGGCGACCGCGCCGGGUGCAUCUGGCUGCACGUGCCAGUGCUGGUGGGCGAGGCGACGGGUGUGACCAUGCUUGCGGUGGCCGACUACCGCGCGGGCAACGAGCCCUCCAAGGAGGAGAUCGACGCCAUGCCCCGCUUCACGGAGAACGAGCUCACCGAGGCUCUCUUCGGAAGAGGGGACGGCCAGGGCUCGGCCCUGGGCCUGUACCUGCAUCUGAAGUCGGUCGCUGGCAAGCCCGUGAGAACCGACAGCAAGGUGCUCCAAGUGGCCGCGUCCUUUGCCGCCAACCGCAUCCGACUUUGCGAGGGAGGAUGUGACAGGGAACUGGGGGGCGGCAUCCUUCCCUCCACCUACGGACCGGGCGCGGGCUCCGCUGCCAUCUCGGACGGGCCCGGCGACAUCGACAAGAAGCAGUACGACAAGCAGCUCGAGCUUCGACUCGCGACGGUGCUCUCGUCGCUAGAGGCGCGCUCGGCCGACUCGACAAAGGCGGCGAUCUCCGCCGCCAUCCUCGAGAGCUUCGUCACGGCCAGGGCGCUGUCGGAAGCUCGCCGCGUGAAGCGCAAGAGCUCCCGAGGCAGCGGUUGGGACUCUACCUACACCGAGGUCGAGGGCGUGCCGCUCAGCGACGAGCAGGCGGUCGACCUGGCAGCGAAGGCGUGA